AUGUCAGCUCUUCAAUUUGGAUUCUCCCGCUGGAAAAUUCAUGGAGUUAAUGGUGUCGUCUUUUCAGCUUUUUUUUUAUGUCUAGGGUUUCCUGUUCUCUUGUCUGUGGUUUUUCUUCUAUCGGGUCUAGGGUUUCUCUGUCAGGUCUUGCGUUUACCUGGGCUUUCGUUAAGUUCUGCCGCUGGGACUAUGGAGGACGAUUUGACCGACAAACUAAAGAAAUUUUGGUUGUCUGACAAGGAAUGUAGUGGGUUAGUCGUAGAUGAUGAGGAUUUUGUGACUGGGUUGGAGGAAUGUCAGUUGAGCCUCACAGAAAAGAUAUUUGGGGAAAAAAGGGUCAACUUCAGUGGGCUCAAAGCAACCCUCAGCAACAUCUGGAUCACAGAGCAACAAUUCUCUAUUCGCAAUAUUGGGCCAAAUCUCUUUCAAUUCAUCUUCAAUCUUGCUGAAGACAAGGACAAGAUUCUUCAUGGGAAGACUUGGUCCUUUGAUGGUCAGUAUCUCCUUCUGAAGGAAUGGAGUCCAACAUCCCCAAACUUCAAUGCGGAAGAUGAAAAAAUAAAGAUUUGGGUGCAAGUGCACAAUUUGCCCCUCUAUUGGAUCACUGAUGCAAUAGGGGUUAAUAUAGGGAAAGUGAUUGGGAAGGUGCUUGAUGUGAAAUGA